UAUAAAACGGCACUGCCGUACCCACACAUCACUUCCCUAUCUCAGUCUGCGACAGCUACAACCCAGCUCCGAAGCCCUGCACUCGGCCUCGCCAUGAAGCUGGUAAUUCUUCUGGCCCUGGUGUCCGUUGCCGCUGCCAGCUUCCCGUCGUAUUACCACAGGCCCUACUACUACCCGUACCGCCCGUAUUACCCCUACUUCCCCUACCACCGCGGAGGCCUUAGCGGCGGUGGCAUCUUCGGCGGCAGUGCUUUCGGGGCUAUCGGAAGCGGCUUUGCCUUUGGUGGCGGCCAACGUUUUGGCCUGGGUGGCCGUUUCGGUGGCCGCUUCCUCGGUGGCGGCUUCGGUGGCAACUUCGGCAACUUCGGAGGAAGAGGAGGGUACGGCUGCCAAUAUGGUUAUUACUGCUGAAGGACCAAGAACCAAGGACACAUGAUCAUCAUGAGGACAUAGAUUCCGAUGCACAAUAUGCAAUAUGGAUUCUGACACGCCGCCUGUCCAGAAAACUUUUAGGAUAUUGUGGUCUAUUUCCGUUGUAUGUUUGUGUGUGUACCUGUGUGUAUGUUAGUAAGUACAUGUGCCUGUCCGUCCCUAAAACUGUUCUUCUAAAAUAAAGUUUUCAACAGCCUAAAGCAUGUGUUUUUCCUAU